AUGGUCACUACGACUGUCUUUGGUCUGUCCACCGGGCUGUUUAUCAACAACAAAUUCAUCCCCGCCCAUGGAGGGCACACUCUCGACACGAUAAACCCAGCAACAGGAAAGCACCUCGCCAAAGUGUCGGCUGCCCAAACAGAGGAUGUAGAUUCUGCCGUAGCAGCCGCCCAGACUGCCUAUGUGGCAUGUUGGAAGCGAAGUCCCCCACAGGAAAAGGCAAAGCUCCUCCUGCGACUCGCCGAGCUAAUCGAGAGGGAUCGCGAUGAUCUGGCAACCCUGGCAGCCGUGGACGCGGGUGCGCUCUACGCUGAUACCCAGUACGGUGAGAUAGAGCAGUCUAUUCAACAACUGCGCUACUAUGCGGGGUGGUCGGAUAAGAUUACGGGGAAGCUCCUUGAUGGCCGAGGUGAGGGGCUUAGCUUUACCAGCCGCGAGCCUCUGGGAGUAUGUGCCGCAAUUGUUCCAUGGAACGCCCCCUUGAUGAUUGCAAUCUGGAAGUUAGCACCUGCCAUUGCAGCAGGCAACGUUCUCAUCAUUAAAACUCCAGAGCUUGCUCCCCUAUGUGGACAGAAACUUGGUGAGCUCGUCUGUGAAGCAGGCUUCCCCCCAGGCAUCAUUAACAUCAUCUGCGGUCUGGGGACGAUCGCAGGUCACGCCUUGGCGGAGCACCAGGGAGUAAGCAAGAUUGCUUUCACGGGGUCAACGUCCGUUGGGCGGAGCAUUAUGCGGGCUUCAGCGAACAGCAACCUCAAGAGGAUCAGUCUAGAGCUCGGCGGAAAGGGUCCUAGCAUCGUCUUCGGCGACGCGGACUUGGAGAAUGCGUUAAAGUGGACGAUACGGGGAAUCACAUUGCAUAACGGACAGAUCUGCGCUGCUGGCUCAAGGAUCCUGGUGCACGAGUCCAUUUAUGAACGGUUUUGUCGGGAGUUUCACCAAAGAUCUCGGGAUGCGGUUUAUGGUGAUCCUCUUCUGCCCGCAACGAAGAAGGGUCCGAUAAUCAGCCAAGCUCAGCUCCAGAGCAUUCUAAAAAGUGUUGAGAUGGGUGCACGAAACGGGGGACAUCUCCUUCACGGAGGCAAAGCUAUUGGCGAAGGAGGCUAUUUUAUUGAAAACACUGCGUUUAUGGGAGUUGACGAGGACUCUAUCAUUGCGCGGGACGAGAUCUUUGGUCCAGUCGCUGCUAUUUCCAAGUUUUCUACAGAAGAGGAGGCGGUGGCCAGGGCAAACCGGACGAUAUAUGGGCUCAGUGCAGCCGUCUUUACAAGCAGCAUCGACACGGCUGUUCGGGUCACUGCUGCAAUGGAGAGCGGGCAUGUUACAGUCAACGCCUGGGGUAUGUUGAGCGCUGAUGCCCCGUUUGGUGGCUAUAAGCAGAGCGGAUUCGGCCGAGACGGAGGCGAGGAGGCACUUGAAAGCUGGACCACAGUGAAGACUGUCAAAUAUUCCAUCUCAGCUUCGACAUGA